UACGGACUGCCUGUUGACUUUGAAUCAGUGUUGAUUCAACCCAAUAAGCGGAACUUGAAGAAGUUGCGAGACGUGCUGCAGCAGGCCUACGAGCAUCUGGACAACCUCUGUGUCAGCAGCAUCAAGGAUGAGGAAAUGUCAGGCCCGGGCUUCGCCCACGGAGAGUACUACCCCUACGUUUCAAUAAACCUCGAGACAAACAUGAUCGACGCUCACUGA